CAGGGGCUUCAGCGUAAGCGUAUGCGGUUGUCAGCACAUCUUUAAGCCGGUGUCUGUUCAAGCGAUGUGGUCAGCACUGCAGACACUGCACAAAGUAUCGAGCAAAGCACGAGAACAAAACUAUUUUUUGGGCGGAUUGUCUCAUGAUUGGGUCAGCUACUAUGAACAGAGAAUUGAGAGUGACCGGUCGUGUCUCAAUGAGUGGCAUGCGAUGGAUAAUCUUGAAUCUCGGAGGCCGCCAUCUCCAGAUAGUGUUAGGCAUAAACCACGAGAGCGAGAAGAAACCGAAGGUGUAAUUCGCGCCACCUUGAAGGAAAUAAUGAUGUCCGUGGACUUGGAUGAGGUAACCUCCAAAUACAUACGCGGCAGACUAGAGGAGGAUCUUGAUAUGGAUCUCGGAGAAUUCAAGCCGUUUAUUGAUCAAGAAAUGCUCACUAUUCUCGGGCAAAUGGACGCUCCUACUGAAAUUUUUGACCAUGUUUAUCUUGGCAGCGAGUGGAACGCCAGCAACCUUGAGGAGUUACAAAAGAAUGGGGUAAAACACAUCUUAAACGUAACAAGAGAAAUCGACAACUUCUUCCCAGGAAUGUUCAACUACCUAAACGUCCGAGUGUACGACGACGAGAAAACGGACUUACUAAAGCACUGGGACGACACCUUUAAAUAUAUAACAAAAGCCCGCAAGGAAGGUUCCAAGGUGUUGGUGCAUUGCAAGAUGGGCGUAUCGCGUUCAGCCUCGGUAGUGAUAGCCUACGCAAUGAAAGCCUACAACUGGGAUUUUUCCCAGGCCUGGAAGCACGUCAAGGACAAGCGGAACUGCAUAAAGCCGAACAACAACUUCCUGCUUCAAUUAGAAACCUACCAGGGAAUCCUGGACGCGAUGAAGAACAAAGAAAAGCUGCAGCGUUCCAAAUCCGACACUAACUUAAAGUCUCCUACAACAGGUGGCGCCGCGCGACCAGGUCGAACGAAGCCCGAAAGCGACAAGAACAGUGUUCCGAGCCAGUCGUCCGGAACCGAGCUAAAGAAGUCCGGAAAAAGGCCCAAGAGCUGGUCCCCGUACGUCGAGAUGGUCGACAAUGUUCUCCCAGCCUUAUCCCAGUCUCUGGAAAGCAUCGACAAGACAGGAACCGAGAUCACCCGGGAGGAACUGCUGAGGAACGUACAAACUACCAAGUUGGUUCCUGAGCACGAGUCCAGGAACGUUUUAAUGCCUUGCGACAACGGACAGUCUUACAGCGUGUCCCAGAACCAGAUAGUCCAUCUUCCCGGGCCGGAUAAUAAUAACACUCCGGGGAACAAGCUUGAGUCCCAAGGUCACCGUCGACGAGGACUCGUGCUGAAUCUUACGAACCAGUUCGAGUCUGGCAGCAAGCCCUCGUCGCCUGAGUCAGACCUUAAAGCUAGUCCAGAGAACGAGGAUACCCAGAAAAUGGACACUGAUUGUCUAGUCUGGACGGAACCGAAGCCAGGAACCGAUAAGAACUCUGAAUCUGUCCAAGUUCCGUCGAUAAACGUCACCAGCGCCACCUGUGUGAACUUAGGAACAAUUACUGCUACUGGAACAGCCACUUGUUCCACUGGAAUCAUUGGAGCAGCCACUUGUUCCAAUGGAACUGCUGGAACGGGAACCUGUUCCAGUGGAACCGUUGGAACAGCCAACUAUAUCAGUGGAAACACUGGAACAGCCACCUAUAUGAGUGGAACAGCCAUUUGUGGUAGUGGAACAGCCACUUGUUCCAUUGGAACCGCUGGAACAGGAAAAUGUUCCACUGGAACAGCCACCUAUGUUAGUGGAACAGCUGUAACAGCCACAUGUAACACUGGAACCACUGGAACAGGAACAUAUUCGGGUGGAACCGUUGGAACAGGAACUGUUGGGAACAGUAGCGCCAUCUCAGGUAGACGGCGAACAAAAAAAGAAGGUGAUUUGUUCAGCGCACAGGUAGACAAAGUGUUUGACCGUGAGGAGCGGCGGGAACCGCGGGAACUGCCGAGCAGACAAAGUUCCUGGAGCAGCUACGACAGCGCUGUAGUUCUGGACAACUCUGUCCACAGUUCCUGGGCGACUUUGCCCUCCAGGAACAGCAGUUGGGGUUCCUAUGACAUGCGUUCCAACCCAGAUCCUCUCGGUUCCAGCGGACUGUUCCCUUAUGACCGUGAGGAGAUACCCUGGCACCCUGGAACCGUGAAGAGAACCAAGCAGAAAAUAGAGGAAGGAACAGGAACCAAGAGGGUGUGUACGCAGAACGAUGAUAAGGUUGAAAGUACGGAACCGUUUCAGGAACCGAAGGAGACUGUUGAUAGUCCGGUAGGUGGCAUUGACAUUUCUUCAACAGGAAUCACUAGGCAAAUUGGCAGGCUGUCUACCAGCGCACCAGCGCCCUCUGCCUUGGAACCUGAGUUACCGACAGUGGCGCUGAGAACCUGCCGGUCGGAAAGCGAAACUUCGAGCCCUUGUGUGGUUAAUACGCCGCAGUGUCCGUCGGUAAAGCAUCAUAAGAUGAUUCUGGAGAAUUUGACCAAGCCGAACUUUGGAAAAAGGUGCUUGUCUGUCGAUGAUUCCCCGGAACCGCCUUGUUCCUCGUCGAGUUCCUCAAGUUCCUCUAGUUCCGAAGGUUCCAGGAACAAGGCGGGAAUUGUUAAGAACCUUAAGAAGGAAUUUGAGGCGAAAAGUAAGUUUGAAAAAAGUCCUGAAGGUUCUGGUGAUAAUGUUACCGACUGGGCGUCGGUAAAAAGGGAUAAGAUAAGGAGCCUUCCUUCCUCACCGGUAAUUGCUCAUAAUGAGACAAAGAUAAGAACAUCUGCGAGUGUCAGUGCGACCUCAAUUAAAGAUGAUGAUUUAGAGGACCUCUCAGUGAAGGUUCUUGUUGGAAAAUACGAGGUAAAACCUCCCGGUUCCAAGGACGAGGUUAAAAAAUCGGAAGUUCAGCUGCGCGCGCACAAUUUAGAAGCUCACCCGCCGGCUAAAGCGAAAAUUGCGCCGCAAGAGUUCGCGCGCAGGUCUGCGCCCAUUAUUAUUAAUUCAGCGGUUUUCCUGCCAGAGGCCAGCGCUGGAGAGGCGCCUGGGAGGCCACCUAUCGUUCCCUCCCCACAAGCUGUUGUCGCCAGUGUCGUUAAAGCCGCGAAAAAACAGCAACAACAUGGCCGUACUCAUCCGCUCACCAGGCUGCAGGUCAGGCCUAGGCACAGCAGCCCCGUUUACAAUACUAUGUAA